CCUGCCCCGGCACGGACGUGCUCCGGGGUCCGUGGGGAGCAGGAGAGGGAGGCGGCGGCCAGGCCCGCUCCGGGCACGAUGUUGAACAUGUGGAAGGUUCGGGAGCUGGUGGACAAAGCUACCAAUGUGGUUAUGAAUUAUUCAGAGAUCGAGUCUAAAGUUCGAGAAGCAACGAAUGAUGAUCCUUGGGGACCUUCUGGGCAACUCAUGGGAGAGAUUGCCAAGGCUACAUUUAUGUAUGAACAGUUUCCAGAACUUAUGAACAUGCUUUGGUCACGCAUGUUAAAAGAUAACAAAAAGAAUUGGAGAAGAGUUUAUAAGUCGUUGCUGCUCCUAGCUUACCUCAUAAGGAAUGGAUCAGAGCGUGUUGUUACAAGUGCCAGAGAACACAUUUAUGAUUUGCGAUCUCUGGAAAAUUACCACUUUGUAGAUGAGCAUGGCAAGGAUCAGGGUAUAAAUAUUCGCCAGAAGGUGAAAGAAUUGGUUGAAUUUGCCCAGGAUGAUGACAGGCUUCGUGAAGAGCGAAAAAAAGCAAAGAAAAACAAAGACAAAUAUGUUGGGGUUUCCUCAGAUAGUGUUGGAGGAUUCAGAUACAGUGAAAGAUACGAUCCUGAGCCCAAAUCAAAAUGGGAUGAGGAGUGGGAUAAAAACAAGAGUGCUUUUCCAUUCAGUGAUAAAUUAGGUGAACUGAGUGAUAAAAUUGGAAGCACAAUUGAUGACACCAUCAGCAAGUUCCGGAGGAAAGAUAGAGAAGACUCUCCAGAAAGAUGCAGCGACAGUGAUGAGGAAAAAAAAGCGAGAAGAGGCAGAUCUCCCAAAGGUGAAUUCAAAGAUGAAGAGGAGACUGUGACGACAAAGCAUAUCCAUAUCACACAGGCCACAGAGACCACCACAACCAGACACAAGCGCACAGCAAAUCCUUCCAAAACCAUUGAUCUUGGAGCAGCUGCACAUUACACAGGAGACAAAGCAAGUCCAGACCAGAAUACUUCAACCCAUACACCUCAGUCUUCAGUUAAGACUUCAGUGCCUAGCAGCAAGUCAUCUGGUGAUCUUGUUGAUCUGUUUGAUGGUGCCAGCCAAUCAACAGGGGGAUCAUCUGAUUUAUUCGGAGGAUUUGCUGACUUUGGUUCAGCUGCUGCAUCAGGCAGUUUGCCUUCCCAAGGAACAACAAGUGGGAAUGGAGACUUUGGUGACUGGAGUGCCUUCAACCAAGCCCAGUCCGGCCCUGUUGCUUCCAGUGGCGAGCUCUUUGGCAGUGCCUCACAGCCUGCUGUAGAACUCUUCAGUGGCACACAACCAGCUUUAGGCCCACCCCCCGCUGCCUCGAAUUCUUCAGACCUGUUUGAUCUUAUGGGCUCAUCCCAGGCAACUAUGACAUCUUCCCAGAGUAUGAAUUUCUCUAUGAUGAGCACUAAUACUGUAGGGCUUGGUUUGCCUAUGUCAAGAUCACAGAAUACAGAUAUGGUCCAGAAAUCAGUUGGCAAAACCUUGCCCUCUACAUGGUCUGACCCCAGUGUAAACAUCAGCCUAGACAACUUACUACCUGGUAUGCAGCCUUCCAAACCCCAGCAGCCGUCGCUCAAUACAAUGAUUCAGCAACAGAAUAUGCAACAGCCUAUGAAUGUGAUAACCCAAAGUUUUGGAGCCGUGAACCUCAGUUCUCCAUCAAACAUACUUCCUGUCCGGCCUCAAAGUAACCCUUUGAUUGGGGGGGCCAUGCCUGUAAGCAUGCCCAAUGUGAUGACUGGCACCAUGGGAAUGGCUCCUCUUGGAAAUACUCCAGUGAUGAACCAGAGCAUGAUGGGCAUGAACAUGAACAUAGGGAUGUCAUCUCCUGGGAUGGGCCUGUCGGGCACAAUGGGAAUGGGCAUGCCUAACAUAGCCAUGACUUCUGGAACUGUGCAACCCAAGCAAGAUGCCUUUGCAAACUUCACCAACUUUAGUAAAUAA